AGUCGUUUCUCAGAGAAAAUUUUGAAAAUUAUAUUAUAGGUUUGAAAUAGAAAUUUCAAUUCUUCUUUUAACGCUUCAUACCAUAGCAUAGAUCAUCUUCAAAAUGGCUCAAAGAAUUACCUACAGAAGAAGAAAUCCAUACAACACCAGAUCUAACAAGGUCAAGGUCGUUAAGACCCCAGGUGGUAAAUUAGUUGCCCAACACGUUAAGAAGAACGCUUCCAGAGUUAAAUGUGGUGACUGUGGUAUCGCUUUAGCUGGUAUCUCCACUUUAAGACCAAGACAAUACGCUAACGUUUCUAAAACUCACAAGACCGUCCAAAGAGCUUACGGUGGUUCCAGAUGUGCUAACUGUGUCAAGGAAAGAAUCGUCAGAGCUUUCUUAAUUGAAGAACAAAAGAUCGUCAAGAGAGUCUUAAAAGAACAAGAAGACAAAGAAAAGAAGUCUGCCAAGAAGACCGGUAAGAAAUAAAUCAUUUAACAUAAAUCAAGAUUUGUAAUAUAGUCUUUCAUGGUAUCUCAUCUGUAAAUUUCUUCUUAAACAACCCCCUUUUAAUAAAAAUACAUACACGUUAUAGUUAUUGAUCAAUGUA